AUGGAGCACAUCUCCCAGCCACUCACCUUAAAAUGUGGUCUCACGCUACCAAACCGCCUCGUCAAAGCAGCCAUGUCAGAGAACAUGGCAGAUAAGAAUAAUCUUCCGGACAACAAAUUUCAUGUUGCAUAUGGCAAGUGGGCGGGCGGGGGUUGGGGUAUGCUACUGACAGGUAAUGUCCAAGUCGAUGCGGCUUACCUAGGAAACUAUAGAGAAACAGCGGUAGACCCCUCGCUUGAGACCCAAUUGAAACAGGCGUGGAAAGAAUGGGCUGCAGCUUGUAAUCGCCACGGAACACCGACUGUUAUGCAACUGAGCCAUGCUGGAAGGCAAUCGCCGAUAGGAGCCGGAAGGCGAGGGCUAUGCACCCAGACUCUGGCCCCGAGUUCCAUCUCGCUGGAUAUGGGAGGAGGUUUGCUGGCAAAGGCUCUCACGCCACUCAUUUUUGGGACACCCCGUGAGAUGAUGUUAGGUGACAUCGACAGGGUGGUACAGCAGUUCACUUACGCCGCAUGCCUGGCCGUCGACGCGGGGUUUCAAGGAAUACAGAUACAUGCAGCACAUGGCUAUCUUUUAUCUCAGUUUCUGUCCGCUAAGGCGAACAGAAGGACUGAUGAGUACGGAGGCUCGCCUGCCAAUCGUGCACGCUUAGUUGUGCGAGUUUUGCAAGCAGUUCGAGAGGCAGUCCCAGCGAGCUUUUGCGUAGGCAUAAAGCUGAACUCGGUUGAUCACCAGUCUUCUGAUGAGCUCCAAAAUUGUAUUGAGCAGCUAAGAUUAAUUGUCACGGCCGGUGUAGACUUUGUUGAGAUUAGCGGCGGAACAUGGGAGGAUCCAAAAAUGAUGUCAAACGCAGAUCAGAUGCCGAGAGAGAAAUCAGAUCGAUCAAAGGCGCGAGAGGCUUUCUUCCUUGAGUUUGCCAAAGCGAUUCGAUACGAAUUCCCUUCGGUGCCACUCCUGGUGACCGGCGGUUUCCGCACACGUUCAGGCAUGCGGGAAGCGAUAGACAGCGGAGACUGUGAUUUGAUUGGAAUCGCUCGGCCGGCAGUCCUAUCUCCUCAACUGCCUAAUGAUAUCGUCUUUAACAAGAACAUUCCUGAUGAAGAGUCGACGUUGCAAACUCAAUAUAUUAGAACCCCUCGGUUAGCUAAGAUCACAGGUAUUAAAGCAGUCAGCUCUGGUGCAGAAAGUCGCUGGUACAGCUCGGAAAUUUUGAAGAUGGGUCAGAGCUAG